UUGUCAUUCAACAUGUCCUCGCUUUGUAGUCCGUGUAGAGAGACCUCCCAACGAGUUAGAGGACAUUUUGGGUUAUAAAACUACACUGCUCACAUCACUGUAAAUGUUCAAGGCACAAAUACCGCCUUUUUCAUGUCGCUUCCUGAAAAAAAGGUGGCUUUUUUAUUCUUCAUCACCUUCUCCAGUGAAACUGACAGCAGCACAAGCUCUCUUUCUUUCCCCCAGCUGAAGUGUGAGACAGUUUUUGAAGAACGUGUAAGGAGUGUGAGACAGUUUUCCUAUCUGGUUAAACAAAUAGAAGGUACAAAGAACACACUGCUACACAGAGCAGAGAUACCGUUUUCACACACACAGAGAUACAGUAACAGUCCCAGCCAUGCCUCGCAUCGAGAACGACAUCAAACUCGACUUCAAGGAUGUGCUGCUCCGUCCCAAACGCAGCACGCUCAAGUCCCGUAGUGAGGUGGAUCUGAUGCGCAGCUUUACUUUCCGGAACUCAAAAGGCAGUUACAGAGGUAUUCCCAUCAUCGCUGCUAACAUGGACACGGUUGGAACCUUUGAGAUGGCCAUGGCACUGCAUUCGUUCUCACUUUUCACUGCCAUCCACAAACAUUACUGCAUAGAUGACUGGAAAGAGUUUGCAGCGAAGCACCCAGAAUGCCUAGAGAGCGUGGCCGUCAGCACUGGAACAGGCGAGACUGAUUUUGAGAGACUCGCUGCUAUUUUGGCAGCUGUGCCACAGAUACAGUACAUUUGUGUCGACGUAGCGAAUGGAUAUUCAGAACACUUUGUGCAUUUUGUCAAGGACGUGCGGCAGAAGUUCCCUUCACACACCAUCAUGGCUGGUAAUGUGGUCACGGGAGAGAUGGUGGAGGAGCUGAUUCUCGCUGGUGCCGACAUCAUUAAAGUGGGCAUCGGUCCAGGCUCAGUGUGUACAACCCGUAAGAAGACAGGUGUGGGCUACCCUCAGCUGAGUGCUGUAAUUGAGUGUGCUGAUGCUGCUCAUGGCCUGGGUGGACACAUCAUCUCUGAUGGAGGAUGUACCUGUCCUGGUGAUGUCUCUAAGGCGUUUGGUGCGGGAGCGGACUUCGUGAUGCUGGGUGGAAUGUUGGCGGGUCACUCUGAGAGCGGGGGUGAGACCAUUGAGAAAAACGGCAAAAAGUACAAACUGUUCUACGGCAUGAGCUCUGAUACGGCCAUGAAGAAGCACGCAGGAGGAGUAGCAGAGUACAGGGCGUCUGAGGGGAAGACAGUGGAGGUGCCCUAUAAAGGGCCAGUGGAGGUCACUGUGAAGGACGUACUGGGUGGAGUUCGCUCCACCUGCACCUAUGUAGGAGCUGCUAAGCUGAAGGAGCUGAGUCGUCGUACCACCUUCAUUAGAGUGACUCAGCAACUAAACACUGUGUUUGGAAACAACGACUAAGACAUCGCUAAUGCUCAUGAGUGCCAAUCUGCUCUGACAGAUUUACUGCAUUAGUUAAAGAGCUAAACUAUGUCAGAUUCAUGCAAAGGUUUAGAAUUUUGUCUUUUGUCUGACAUUCACAAAUAAAAUGCACACAGCACCACACAGUGAUAAACCUCACAGCUUUUCCUGCAGCAGUGUUAUGGUUGUGGCUAACAUGGCUAAGAGAAAUUCACUUGCUUAGCCUUCAUAUAAAGACUUAACUGUACAGUUUGGCUUGAAAAUGUCUUGAAAAUUUGAAAAAUUAUAUCUUUAGUAGUAGUGUUUCUUCAGUUUAAUUCUCCAGGAAAUAUUUAAGAUGGAAAGUCUCUCUCUCUCUCUCUCUCUCUCUCUCUCUUCAUAUCCCAGGCUUCACUGCCCUUAAUUCAUUGACACUGUGUCUUAACAACAAGCCAAAUCCUGUUAAAGAGCCUUUUAUUUUACUAACUACUUUACUAAUGUACGGCUUUGUAGGUUUUUUCAUGUUUUUGAAUAAAUUAUCUGCAUGAACAGUUUUCCCCAAACUGGACCAAAACUAUUACUACAGCAAUUAUUGCCAUUCCACGUCAUUUAGUAUAAUUAAUGUCUUAGAAAUGACCUCUAUGCACUGAUGAAUAAAGGAGAUGACUGUCCUCUUGGUACUGAAA